ACAAUGUCAGAUGUAGUGUAAUCUCUCUGAAUCUCCUCUGUCUAAACUGUUUAUUUUCAGGCAGUGAUCCCCUGUCCAUGAGUACUAUACACAUGUGUGUUGUAGGAGUAGAUAGGAGGCUGGUAUAGUUUGGAUACAGAGAGGCUCAGUCUCACCUCCCCAUGCAGCAGGAAGGGGAGCAAGUCCCCCAGACAAUUCCAUUAUUCAGCACAUCCAAGGGAGGAGAAGAGGAGACUGUGCAUGCAGGCAGCCCUGGCUUGCUGGAGCUCACACAUCCAUGAGAAGUUUCUAAACUCUCCUGUGCCUUUCUCUCCAUCUGCCUGCCAUCAAGCUACAUGUGUUCAGCCUGCUGGAUGCAGAAAGCCCAGCCCUGCUCACAUGGAAGGGACUUCAGCCUGAGGGGACUUCUGCACUGAGAGACACAUCUGCCCUUCUCCAAGUUAUUGGGUGGCAGACAAGCACCAGGAUGGACUGGGGGGCAUAGGAGAGCCUGCCAACUGCAGCCAGAUGCUCUCACUGUGCAGCUGGGAAGUAGAGCAGGAAUAAGUAGAAGUAGAGCAGGAAUAAGUAGGAGUAGAAGCAACUUCUAUGAGGACUGCUGCUGUGUCCUGGAAACCAAAGUUCCCAGCACAUUCCUCCAGCAGGGAGCUGGAUAGUGAUUCACCUAGGUCAGGGUGGGGGUUGGGGUGGACAAAUGGUCAUUUUGCUGACCCCUACACAGCACAUGGCUUCUAGGCUAUGCUGGGCUGACCCCUGACUGAGCCUGGAAUGGGACAGGCUGGCUGUGUGAAAAUGCCGGGGCUGGGGGCACUGGCUGCCCUGUCUAUGGUGAGCAUCAUGACCUAUGGAUACCUGUCCUUGGACAAAGGUGUGGAAGAAGGAGAAGAAGACAUCCUGGGGAGAGAAGUUGGGGAUCAGCCUCACAUCAUCUUCAUCCUGGCUGAUGAUCAGGGAUACAGGGACAUUGGGUACCACGGAUCGGAGAUCAGAACUCCUACCCUGGAUACAUUAGCGGCACAGGGAGUCAAGCUGGAGAACUACUAUGUCCAGCCGAUCUGCUCACCCUCCAGGAGUCAGUUCAUCACUGGCAAAUACCAGAUUCACACAGGUCUCCAGCAUUCUAUAAUAAGGCCUUCUCAACCAAACUGUCUACCUCUGGACAACCUGACUUUGCCACAGAGACUAAAGGACAUUGGCUAUGCAACACAUAUGGUAGGGAAAUGGCACCUGGGCUUUUAUCGUAAAGAAUGCAUGCCAACGCAUAGAGGAUUUGAUUCUUUCUUUGGAUCGCUUUUGGGCAGUGGAGAUUACUACAAUCAUUAUAAAUGUGACAGCCCAGGAACUUGUGGAUAUGAUCUAUAUGAGAAUGAUAAUGCAGCAUGGGAUCAUGAUCACGGUAUUUAUUCCACGGAGAUGUACACCCAACGAGUGCAGAACAUCUUGGCUAGUCACAAUCCUAAGAAACCUAUAUUCCUUUACAUAGCUUAUCAAGCGGUGCAUUCACCUUUACAAGCUCCUGGAACUUAUCUAGAAAACUAUAAAUCCAUUACUAACGUAAAUAGGCGACGAUAUGCUGCAAUGUUGUCAUGUUUAGAUGAUGCAAUCAAUAAUAUUACCAUUGCUUUAAAAAAAUAUGGCUUCUACAAUAACAGUGUACUUAUUUAUUCAUCAGAUAAUGGUGGGCAACCAAUGGCAGGUGGUAACAACUGGCCUUUGCGUGGUAGCAAAGGCACAUAUUGGGAAGGUGGUAUAAGAGCUGUUGGUUUUGUGCACAGCCCCCUUUUUAAACACAAGGGUUAUGUGUGUAAGGAACUCAUACAUAUAACAGAUUGGUUUCCCACAUUAGUUACUUUGGCUGGUGGAGAAAUAGAUGAAGACAUGCACUUAGAUGGAUAUGACAUAUGGGAAGCAAUAAGUGAAAAAAGGCCUUCUCCAAGAGUGGACAUUCUGCACAAUAUAGAUCCUAUGUACACCAAAGCAAGAAAUGGUUCUUGGGCGGCUGGAUUUGGUAUUUGGAAUACUGCCAUCCAAUCUGCAAUUAGGGUGAACCACUGGAAAUUGCUUACUGGAAAUCCUGGUUAUGGAGACUGGGUCCCUCCACAAAGUUUCACCAAUGUUGGACUCAGCCGUUGGCACAAUGAGCGGGUUUCUCUCUCAGGUGGAAAGUCCCUGUGGUUAUUUAACAUAACAGCUGACCCCUAUGAAAGAGUUGAUUUAUCAAAAAAGUACCCAGAGGUUGUAAAGCAGUUACUUAGAAAACUUGCACAGUUCAAUAAAUCUGCCGUUCCAGUGCGUUAUCCCCCAAAGGAUCCAAGAAGUAACCCUAAGCUUAAUGGUGGAGUUUGGGGUCCAUGGUACAAGGAGAGUAAAAAAGCAAAAAAAAAUAGUUCAAAGAAAUCCAAAAAAAACAAGGGGAAGAAAGGUUCAAAACACCGCAAACAGAUGUAUUCCGGUUGCCAUCCACCUCCCUCAAAUGUACAACAAGACAGUUUGGUGCUCAGUUAAUUAUACCAUUGUUUUGUGUACUGCACAAUACAUAAUAUACAAUGGCAAUGCGACAGUACAGUAUAAUAACAUGAGAAUGAUAAUGUAUACACCAACAAGUUCUAUUGUUGAACAUAUAUUGAUUACAUUGAGAAAUAAUGGAUGCCUUAAAGCAAAGGGCUCUUGAAAUGUAAAUCUACCUAAACUUUUUUUGUAUUGAGUUAGGAAGGAUCAGAGCAUGUCAGAUUUAUAUUGCUACCUAUGUUUUUUUAUUGGGGAGAUUUUCUCUCACUUUCUACACCACUGACCACCCAUCAUUAGGACAGAAAGUGAGGGGAAACACUGCACAGUACUAAAAAACCUGACGGAUGUUCAAACCUUUUUGCUCUAUUCAUAGAAAACAACACUUGGCCAGCAUUCUACUUUAAAGACCAGCUAAAUCCAACACUUUUUGAGCUUUAUCCAUACUGUACAUGGCAAGAGUAAUUUUAAUUAAAAAAAUUGCUAUUUAUAACCCCUUAUUUACCCCUUAUAACCCCUAUAAACCUCUGCCGAACAAACAAUAAAUUGAAAGGUUAAUGUGUGCAUUGUCCAUUAACUGCUUGCCAUCCAUAUACUGUUAAUAUACGGCGGCAAGACAACUCACCUGUGCAGAAUCACGUACCUAGUAUGUGAUCCUGCACUUCCAGGUCUGGGGAGCACACAUGCACCGCCGGCGGGCCCGCUCCCGCUGUGAUUGGACACAGCAGGAGCCAAUCAGCGAGUCCAGCAGACUUGAGGUCCACCGGGGCACAAGCAGAAUGGCGGUCUGCCUAUGUAAACAAGGCAGACUGCCGUUCUGCCCAUAGGGAAGGUAUUGAUCUUGUGUCUCUACAAAUCAGGAACAAGGAUCUCUGCCUUCCCAUAAUACAAGCACUUCCCACACAGAAACCGAGCACUGGUUAGGCACACAGUUAAUGAUGUUAACCCCUUCUCAGCCAGUGUCAUUAGUACAGUGAUAGUAAAAAAUA